UUCCUAUAUUUGAGGUUCCAGCUGGCAUCAGAAACAUAACAUUUGCAGAUGGAGGAGAACAAUUAAAAGAUGGGUGGUAACAUGAUCCUUUUGAGUAGCAAAAUGUCUCUGGAACUUUGCCAGCUUUUGAUACUCCAUAGCCUCACCAGGUGUUUUUAAAGGAUCCAGUAUAGGUCAGAAGAAAGGAAAAGGAGGAGCUCAGAUACUGUGACUCUGAGAUAUGUACAAUAUCGCUGUUACAAGACAACAUAAGCCUCGUUCAGAUGUUCUGUAAGAGUUGGCUACUGGUUGGUCUCUUCAUCCUACUGAAUUUUUUACUGCUGUAUUUCACUGCCAUUACCCUCGAAACAAGAAAGUGGCAGAAAAUGGUGCAAAAGACAGGGAACCCCCAUGUUUCUUACCCUCAAAAUUACAGAUUUAUCCUUGACCAGCCAAAGAAGUGUGAACAGCAAAAGCCCUUUGUGGUGAUUAUCGUCCCUGUGGCCCCGCAGAACGUCGCGGCACGUAACGCCAUCAGGAUAACAUGGGGCAGCGAGGAGCCUGUCCGGGACAAACUGGUACUGGUUCUCUUUCUUCUGGGCUCCCAAAGUGGUGACAAAACACUGCAGGAGCAACUCCAGAAUGAGAGCGAGGAGUACCAAGACCUUCUCCAGAGCAACUUCCUGGAUUCCUACAGGAACCUGACCAUUAAGACCUUGGUGAUGAUGGAAUGGCUCGACAGAAAUUGUCCACAGGCAUCCUAUGGUGUGAAAGUGGAUGCUGAUGUGCUCCUCAAUAUGAAAAACCUAUUACACAUGCUUGUGAGUCUGAAAACACUACAACGUAAUUACAUCACCGGCCUAGUAAUAUCUGGAAACAUUGUCUUGAGAGAUCCAUCCAGCAAGUUUUAUGUCCCUCAUGAUGUGUAUCCUAAAUUCAGAUAUCCUCCCUAUCCUCUGGGUAUGUGUUAUAUCUUUUCUAUGGACUUACCAGAAAAGAUCCUGCACAUCUCAAGGCAUAUCAGACCUAUUUUUAUUGAGGACGCAUAUCUGGGCAUGUGCUUGAAGCAUUUGGGAAUCGCACCUAAGAAACCACCAGAUAUUGGACAGUUUGUGGUCGAACCACCAAAAAAAUUCAAUCGCUGUUACUAUUCUGGACGAAUAGCAAUACUCACAGACAGUCUGACUCAGCUGAUUUCCUAUUGGAUGGAUAUUCACUCAACCAAAAGACCCUGCUCAAAAGACUUGCUUGGAGUCUAA